AUGUGGCUGCUGGCGCUUUUCCCACGGGACUCCCAUUCCCAGGAAGGGAGACAAGUUAACCGGGUGCGUUUUUCUCUGGGAAUAAUCCUCGCCGCCGAUGUCAGGCGGGUGGGUUGGAGGGAGUCGCGCGUCUUCCCCCGGCCUGAUCCCACUCUCGCCUCUCUCCGCACAGGGGGUUUCGCGGAGCUGCUCCUGGUGCUGCUGGGGCUGAAGGUCCAGGUGGCCGUGGGCUGCCCCAGCGACUGCGUGUGCUACCCAUCACCCAUGACUGUCAGCUGCCAGGCCCACAACUUUGUCACCAUUCCCGAGGGCAUCCCCGAGGACAGCGAGAGGAUCUUCCUCCAGAACAACCAGAUCACCUUGCUGCUGCGGGGCCACUUCAGCCCCUCCAUGGUCACCCUUUGGAUCUACUCCAACAACAUCACCUUCAUCGACCCCAACACCUUUGAGGGCUUCGUGAACCUGGAGGAGCUGGAUUUGGGGGACAACCGCUACUUAAGGGCUUUGGCAGCGGAUACCUUCCAAGGGCUGGUGAAACUCCAUGCCUUGUACCUGUACAAGUGUGGGCUGAGCUCCCUGCCCAGCGGGAUCUUUGGCGGCCUCCACAACCUGCAGUACCUUUACCUGCAAGACAACCACAUUGAGUUCCUCCAGGACGACAUUUUUGUUGACUUGGUCAACCUCAGCCAUCUCUUCCUGCACGGAAACAAGCUCUGGAGCCUCCACCAGAACACAUUCAGGGGCCUCGUGAACCUGGACCGGCUGCUCAUCCACCAGAACCAGCUGCAGUGGGUUCACAGGCGGGCUUUCCACGACCUCCGGCGACUGACCACCCUCUUCCUCUUCAACAACAGCCUCUCGGAGCUGUCGGGCGACUGCCUGGCCCCGCUGGGGGCCCUGGAGUUCCUGCGGCUCAACGGGAACCCGUGGGGCUGCGACUGCAAGGCCCGCUCGCUCUGGGAAUGGCUGCGGCGCUUCCGGGGCUCCAGCUCGAGCGUGCCGUGCGAGGCGCCCGAGCGGGCGCGCGGCAAGGACCUCAAGGCGCUGCGGGCCGAAGACUUUAGGAACUGUUCG